CACGCAAAGUAUCAAAUGUGGCGUCAUUUUCCUUUUUCCCAUUUUAACACUCGCAGCCUUCUUGUCACUGCACUUCCACUCUCUGCUUCCCUUUCAUCUCCUAACACCGUAAGAUCAAUGUCCUCUUCCUCAUCAACGGCCACGAUGCAUUCCCCACCGGUUGCAAAGAAGGUCGAGCACAAGAUGGAGAUGUUUGGUGACGUUAGGGUGGACAAUUACUAUUGGCUUCGUGAUGAUUCACGAACCAAUCCUGAGGUUCUUUCUUAUCUUCAGCAAGAGAAUGCCUACACGGAUUCUGUUAUGUCUGGAACCAAGCAAUUUGAGGAUCAGCUAUUCAAAGAAAUACGAGGGAGAAUCAAGGAGGAUGAUAUAUCAGCGCCUUAUAGAAAAGGGCCUUACUAUUACUAUACAAGGAAUUUGGAGGGAAAGGAGUAUGUUCAGCAUUGCCGCCGGCUUAUACCCAAUUACAACACAACACCAUGUUCUGUCCAUGAUACAAUGCCAACUGGACCUGAUGAUCCUCCAGAGCAUGUUAUUCUUGAUGAGAACGUUAAAGCCCAAGAGCACAGAUUUUACAGCAUUCAGGCUUUCAAAGUUAGUCCAAAUCAUAAGUUGGUUGCAUGUGCUGAAGACACAAAAGGUGAUGAAAUUUAUAGUGUUCAUGUCAUCGAUGCAGAGACUGGAGCUCCUGUAGGGAAGCCUCUGACAAGUGUAACAUCUCAUGUUGAGUGGGCCAACGAUGACACUUUGGUUUAUAUAACAAUGGAUGAGAUCCUUCGGCCUGAUAAGGUGUGGUUACAUAAGCUGGGAACGGACCAAUCAAGUGAUAUUUGCCUUUAUCAUGAGAAGGAUGAUACAUUUUCUAUUGGUCUUCAAAAAUCAGAGAGUCAAAAAUUUUUGUUUGUGGGGUCUGAAAGCAAAAUUACAAGUUUUAUCUUUUUUAUUGAUGCUUCCAAACCCGAGGAUGGUCUUAAGGUUUUGACUCCUUGCGUUGUUGGGAUUGAUAACCGGGCCAGCCAUCGUGGAAAUCAUUUCUUUAUUAUAAGAAGAAGUGAAGAGUUUUUCAAUUCAGAAUUAGUAGCCUGCCCAGUGGAUGACGUGUCUGUAACAACAGUUCUUAUUCCUCACAGAGAAAGAAUAAAAAUUCAGGAUACCCAUCUUUUUGCCAACCACCUUGCUGUAUAUGAGCGUGAAAAUGGUUUGCCCAAGGUAACCGUAUAUCGCCUACCAGCUGUUGAUGAGCCACUUACAAGCCUUGAAGAUGGCCGGGCUAUUGACUUUAUCGACCCUGUAUAUACAGUGGAUCCAGCAGGAUCAGAAUUUAAUUCUAGCGUUUUGAGAUUUUCUUAUAGCUCAUUGAGAACGCCUAACUCUGUGUAUGACUAUGAUAUGAACACGGGCACUUCUGUUGUUAAGAAAAUUGAGACAGUCUUGGGAGGCUUUGAUGCAUCUGAGUAUUUUACCGAAAGGAAAUGGGCCACUGCUUCUGAUGGCACUCAGGUCCCUAUGUCAAUUGUCUAUAGGAAGAAUCUUGUGAACCUUGAUGGAUCUGAUCCAUUACUUCUGUACGGAUAUGGUUCAUAUGAGGUAUGCAUAGAUCCCUGGUUCAAGGCAUCAAGAUUAUCUAUAUUAGAUCGUGGUUUUAUAUUUGCCAUUGCUCACAUUCGUGGAGGUGGUGAAAUGGGAAGACAGUGGUAUGAGAAUGGGAAGUGCUUAAAGAAAAAGAAUACUUUCACAGAUUUUAUUGCUUGUGCGGAGUAUUUAAUAGAACAGAGGUACUGUUCGAAGGAAAAACUGUGCAUUGAAGGAAGGAGUGCAGGGGGGUUGCUUAUGGGCUCUGUUCUUAACAUGAGGCCUGAUUUGUUUAAGGUUGCUUUUGCUGGAGUACCUUUUGUAGAUGCUUUGACGACAAUGCUUGAUCCAACUAUCCCCCUUACAACUUCAGAGUGGGAGGAAUGGGGAGACCCUCGGAAGGAGGAGUUUUACCACUAUAUGAAGUCAUAUUCUCCUGUUGAUAAUGUUAAGGCUCAAAAUUAUCCUCAUAUUCUUGUUACAGCCGGCUUACAUGAUCCUCGUGUUAUGUACUCGGAACCUGCCAAGUUUGUGGCAAAGCUAAGGGAGACCAAAACUGACAAUAACAUACUACUGCUGAAAUGUGAAUUUGGUGCUGGACAUUCAUCGAAGUCAGGAAGAUUUGAGAAGCUUCAAGAACAAGCAUUCAUAUAUGCUUUCAUUUUGAAAGCACUAGAUAUGAUUCCUGAACUUAGCUCUAGCCUCUAAGCCUAAUGAACCACACCUAGAAGCUGAAGGCCUGCUUCAUGCAAGGAAUUAUUGGUGCCGACUCUUCCAAAAACAAUGUUUGUUUUUUCUUUCUUUGACACUGACUGGCAGUUUUAUUAUCAUUGAAAUCAACUUACAUGUAAUGCGAUCUGCACCUGCAAUUACACAUAUAAUUGAAAGUUGGACUUGGUUUUUUUUUU